AUGGAUAGUACGACGAACGGCACACACAGCGAGCAAUCCCCGCAACCAAUUGCGAUCAUUGGAUAUGCCUGUCGACUAUCGGGACAUGUCGUCUCACCCGACGACUUAUGGGAAUUGUGUACUCGGGGUCGGAGCGGCUGGGCCCCGAUUCCUAAGGACCGCUUCUCCCACGGUGCCUACCAUCAUCCCAAUCCCUCCAAGCCCGGCACCUUCAAUCCCGCCGGUGGUUACUUUCUAGAUGAAGAUGUUUCCCGAUUUGACGCCCCCUUCUUCAACGUCACCGUCCAGGAAGCCGUGUCCAUGGACCCCCAACAGCGUCUCCUGCUCGAGACCUCCUACGAAGCUUUGGAAAGCGCCGGCAUUCCCAAAGAGUCUCUUUCGGGCCGCAACGUGGGUGUGUUUGUCGGCGGUAACUUUUCCGACUACGAGCUCAAUAAUUUGCGCGACAUCGACACUACACCGCCCUUCCAGGCUACAGGCAAUGCGCCUUCCAUGCAAUCAAAUCGAAUUUCUUACUACUUUAAUCUCUCGGGUCCGAGUUUCACCGUCGAUACGGCCUGCUCGUCUUCUCUGGUUGCCCUUCAUUAUGCCGUGCAGAGCUUGCGAAGCGGCGAGUCCAGCGAGGCGCUGGUUGGUGGGUGCAGAUUGAAUAUUCUUCCUGAUUAUUUUGUUUCCAUGUCUACGUCACAACUGUUCAACGACGACGGCAAGACAUAUUCCUUCGACGAGAGAGCAAAAUCCGGCUUUGCACGAGGCGAAGGUGCAGGCGUGGUGAUGCUUAAGCCGCUCGACGCUGCGCUGCGCGAUAAAGAUCCUAUUCGAGCCAUAAUUGCCAAUUCGGGUGUCAACCAAGACGGAAGAACGAAGGGUAUUACAUUGCCAAAUGAGCACGCGCAGGAGGAAUUGAUUAAACGCGUUUAUAAAGACGCCUACAUGAACCCAGAGGAUUGCGGAUAUGCAGAAAUGCACGGAACUGGAACCAAGGCCGGUGACCCGAUUGAAUCGCGCGCCGUGCACCGGGCUCUAGGUGGAGGUCGCACGCCCAGGAACCCCCUCUAUAUUGGAUCUGUCAAAUCCAAUGUGGGCCACCUGGAAGGUGCCAGUGGUAUCGCCUCCAUCAUUAAGGCUGCCAUGAUCCUUGAAAAAGGGCUCCUGUUGCCGAAUUGUGACUUCAAGAAGCCAAACCCUAAUAUCCCUCUGAACGAAUGGAACAUGAAGGUGGUCACCUCGACAAGACCCUUCCCUCGCGGCAAGAAAUAUGUCAGUGUCUCCAACUACGGUUUUGGAGGUACCAACGCCCACGUCGUGCUCGAAAAGCCGCCUCCACCUCCUACAUCAGAAGAUAAUCCGGAGGGAGAUGGAGAUCCCAAGCGCCGGUUGUUCUUGAUCUCGGCUGCCGACAAGGAAUCCUUAAAGACCAGGAUUAAGGACUUUGGUGUCUAUUUCGAACAGCAUCCCGAGGUCUUUGAGUUUUCCCUCUUUGGAAACUUCUGCUACAGUACUGGAAGCAAAAUGUCUCAGCUUGCAUAUCGUGUUGCUGUUUCUGCCACCUCGCUGGAUGAUCUUGGAAUGCGUCUUGCACAGCUGAAGAUCAACCCGGCCCGAGUACUGGGAGCUCCCAAGAUCUCCUGGGUAUUCACCGGACAGGGUGCUCAAUGGGCUCAGAUGGGUAUCCCGCUCAUGGACGAGUAUCCGGUCUUCGCAUCCGCCAUGAAGCGGGCUGACCAGCACUUACGCGAUCUCGGCGCGGACUUCUCCCUCCUCGAGGUACUCCAGAAGGAGGCUUCUGAAUCCCAGAUUAACUCGCCUCACCUCAGCCAGCCGGCCUGCACUGCCCUCCAGGUUGCCCUGACUGACUUGCUCCGUUCUUGGGGCAUAAAGCCCGAUUCCGUCGUGGGUCACAGCUCCGGUGAGAUUGGGGCUGCUUAUGCUGCCGGUAUCUAUGAUCUGGAAGCUGCUAUGACGCUUGCGUACCGCCGUGGUCAAAUGACUUCUCUGCUGAAGAGUUCAUACCCGGACCUGCAUGGAACCAUGAUGGCCGUUGGUGCAAGCCCAGAGGAGAUAAAGCCGAUGCUGAAGCUCCUCAAGGCGUAUGCCACUAUUGCUUGCGUGAACAGUCCCUCCAGUGUUACCGUUUCUGGAGACGUCGAUGCCAUCUCCGAGCUCGAAGUCGUGCUGAAUGAGAAGUCUCUCUUCAACCGUCGUCUCAAGAUCGAUGUGGCCUACCAUUCCGACCAUAUGAAGAACGUCGCCGAGGCGUACCUCAAUGCCAUUGAAGCUAUCAAGCCUGCAACUACCGGAACAGCUACUUUCUUCUCGUCGGUCACUGGUGAGAUAGCUGAGCCGGCUGACUUGGGCCCCGCAUACUGGGUACAAAACUUGACAUCCACCGUUCUGUUCGCCAAUGCCCUUGGCAAGAUGUGCGCCGACGACGAGUCGCGGCCAAAUAUGCUCAUGGAACUGGGCCCACACUCUGCUUUGAAGGGUCCCAUUUUGGACACCCUGAAGGGUGUUGGCCCUUCUGCCUCCAAGAUCGGCUACGCUCCCACAGUCGUCCGCAAUGUCGAGCCCUCGCAGUCCGUUCUGGAUGCUGCUGGAGGUGCAUACGUGCGUGGUGCAGACCUCGACAUGAAAGAGGUCAAUUUCCCCAACAGCAAAGGCAAGAACCGCUCCUUCUUGCGCAAUUUGCCUCGCUACCCUUGGCAGCACGGUACCCGUUACUGGCACCAAUCUCGAAUUGCCGAUAAGCAUUGCCACAGAGACGGUAAGCGGAAUGAUGUUCUGGGAACCAUGGCUAUGUACUCGAAUGACUUGGAGCCUACAUGGCGCAACAUUGUCCGUCUUGACGACGUGCCUUGGCUUCGGGAGCACAAGAUGCAGGGCAUGAGCGUGUAUCCCAUGGCUGGCUACUUGGCCAUGGCCACCGAAGCAGCACGGAGACGCGCAGAGACGCACGAGAUGGCAUUCUCCCAGUUCGAGUUCCGUGAGGUGAAAGUGGGUGCAGCUCUCGUGUUGACCGACGAUGUCGACUCUGAGACUGUCAUCACCCUUCGACCCUAUGCGGAAGGUACUCGUGGUAACUCUGAUAUCUGGGAUGAAUUCCGCAUCUGCUCGUGGAACACCAAGCGUGCUUGGACCGAGCACUGUACGGGUCUGGUUCGCGUCCGCGCCAACAAGACGCAACAGACCGCCGUCUCCAACGUCGCCGAGGCCGAGCUGAAGCGUAUCGGUGCUCAGACGGAGAAGGUGAUGGCCGCCGCUACCUACAGUAUUGACAUUCAGAACAUGUACCAGGUCCUGUCUGAGGUCGGCGCCGGUUACGGAGCUUGCUUCCAGGGUCUGGAGAACUGCUUCUCUCACCCGCGCCACUCGCGUGCAGACCUUUACCUCCGCGACACGAAGGAUGUUAUGCCCAAGAAUUUUGAGGCCCCGCUAACAAUCCACCCGGUCUUCCUGGAUGCGUUGCUGCACCUUGUCUGGCCCAUUCUGGGUAAGGGUCGCAUGGAACUCGACACUCUCUACAUGCCUACCAUGGUCAAGAACUUGAUCAUCAGCAACAACAUCUCCACUGUUCCGGGUGAGUUCGUUAAGGCCUGGUGUAAUGGUGGGCCCAGUCUGCCAACUCCCGAGCCUACCAAGUUCGACCUAUGGGUUACUCCCCAGGAUUCUACUGAGGUCUUGAUCAACAUGGAGGGCCUGAUCAUGACGCCUCUGAAGGAGACCGGUGGGGACCGCAAUGGGAAUGUCGCCGAUCUGUGCUACAAGCUUGAGUGGCAGCCGCUUGCUGAGGCUGAGGCUGUUCUCAACGGAGAGAGCCAGGAGCCUAAUGGUCAUAUGAAUGGCCAUGCUACGGAGCCCAACGGUGUUCAUCUUACCAACGGCCAUGCUACGAAUGGAGAGCUUACCAAUGGACAUGUCACCAAUGGAGAGCUUACCAAUGGACAUGCUACCAAUGGAGAGCUUACCAACGGCCAUGCUACCAACGGAGAGCUUACCAACGGUCAUGCCACCAAUGAUGAACUUACUAACGGUUAUGCCAACGGUGUUCACACUGAAGAGCUUUUGAUCGUGCAAUAUGGCAAGCCUGACGGCACUGCAGACAAGCUGAGCGAGGCGAUCUCCAAUGAGACUGUCAACUGGAAGCCAUCCAUUUCCUCCAUGGAGGAAACCGACUCCAGUGAGAAGCACGUCGUCGUUCUUCAAACCGGCAUCCAGUCUCUGCGUGAUCUCACCGUCGACACCUUCGCUAACAUCAAGAAGACCCUGCUCAAUUCUUCCCACCUUCUCUGGGUUUACCGUCUGGACAGCCCCGAUGCCCAGAUGAUUGUCGGUCUCACCCGCAGUCUUCGCUCCGAGACUAUGGCCAAGGUUGCCACACUGGGCCUUGAAACUGAGGAUAUUCAGAAGCCCACCGGCCCCAUUCUGGCUGCGAUCAACGCCUUGUGGCCCGCAGACGGCGAGAAGCCCUGCAAUGACUUUGAGUUCCGUACCCAUGGCUCAAAGCUUCUUGUCCCUCGUGUUUUGAACGACAGUGCUGCCAACUGCUUCGUUCACAAUGAGACCCACGAGAAGACCAUCUCGACUCAGCCAUUCCACCAACCUGGUCGCCGUUUCAAGCUUGAGAUUGCCAGUCUUGGUGCUCUUGACACGCUGUAUUUCACCGAUGACAAUUUCGGCCCACUGGGUGAUGACGACAUCGAGAUUGAAGUCAUGGCAACUGGUCUCAACUUCAAGGAUAUCGUCGUCACAAUGGGCCAGCUCGCUCAGCCGUGGAUCGGUAUCGAGUGCAGUGGGGUUGUGUCAUCCAUUGGCAAGAAUGUCACCAGUCUCAAGGUCGGCCAGCGAGUCAUGGCCCUGCCAGAGGGUGCCUACUCUACCUACGCGCGCUGCCGGGCUACCAGUGCGGCUCCCAUUCCCGAGGACAUGUCGUUCGAAGUUGGUGCUACCGUACCCGUCGUGUUCUGCACAGCUUACUACGCCCUCGUUGACCUCGGCCACCUCGAAGCCGGCGAGCGCGUUUUGAUUCAUGCCGGUGCAGGUGGUGUCGGCCAAGCAGCGAUCAUGCUGGCGCAGAUGAUCGGCGCCGAGAUCUUUGUGACCGUCGGCAGCGUGGAGAAGAAGCACUUCCUCAUGACGCAGUAUGGUCUCCGCGACGACCAUAUCUUCUACUCUCGUGACUCUUCCUUUGCCCGUGGUAUCAAGUGCGCCACUAACGGCGAGGGUGUCGAUGUCGUGGUCAACUCUUUGGCUGGUGAUCUUCUUCGUGAGACUUGGGAGACUCUUGCACCAUUCGGACGGUUCAUUGAGAUUGGCAAAGCUGAUAUUACGAAAAAUACCCGUCUGGACAUGUUGCCGUUCGAGUAUAAUGUCAGCUUUGCAUCUGUCGACUUGACCAAGGUUGCUCAGUACAAGCCUAAGCUGAUGAAGCGUCUGCUCGACAACGUUCACCAGGUUAUGUCCAAGGCUACCGUUUCCCCAAUUCUGCCUCUGACUACCUACCGGAUCUCCGAGCUUGAGAAGGCAUUCCGUUCUUUGCAGACUGGGAAGGCGAUGGGUAAGAUUGUGGUCGUUCCUCACAAGGAUGACCAGGUUAAGGCCGUGGCAGCGAAUGUUGGCUCUUCCAUCCUCAAAGCCGAUGCCUCCUACGUUCUAAUCGGCGGAACCGGUGGCCUAGGCCGAAGCAUGGCGAAAUGGAUGUCCUCCAAGGGCGCGCGAAACAUUGUCCUCGUAUCCCGCAGCGCAUCGAUCAACGACAAAGUGCAAGCCCUAAUAGACGAACUUGCCGCCGACGGCACAACAAUCAGCGUCAAAGCCUGCGACGUAAGCAGUGUGCAAUCGGUCGACAACCUAGUCAACCAAGAAAUGAAGGGCAUGCCACCAAUCCGCGGCGUCGUCCACGGCGCAAUGGUCCUCCGCGACAUGCUCUUCGAGAACAUGACGCUAGACGACUUCCAAGCCGUGACAUCCAGCAAAGUCGAAGGAGCCUGGAACCUGCACCACGCACUGCACGACUCACCGCUCGACUUCUUUAUCGCGCUCUCCUCGGUGGCAGGUGUCAUCGGAAACCGUGGACAAGCUGCCUACGCCGCUGCCAACGUCUUCCUCGACGGAUUCAUGGAGUACCGCCGCUCACAGGGUCUCCCUGGUACAACGAUCGACCUAACAGCCGUCCGGGAUGUCGGAUAUCUCGCCGAAGUGGACAGCAAGCGCCAACAAGAAGUGCUUAAGAACAUCGGCACAGACGGCAUGGAAGAAGCACAAGUCCUAGCCCUCUUCGCUGCUGCCAUCACCGGCGACCUAUCAAAAUCAUGUUCGGGCCAGUGCAUCACCGGCCUCAGCCUCAACGAUAGUCUGGACCACUUUUGGGCGCAGGACGCCAAGUUCAGCACUCUCUACGAGGCCGCCAAGGAGAUUCACGGCAGCAGUCCCGGGUGCGACGGUCCCUCCCUGCCACUAAACGUGCAGCUCGCCAAUGCUCCCUCCAAGGACGAGGCACUGGUCAUCUGCUACGAAGCUCUCGCAGCGAAGUUGGCACAGGUCCUCGUUAUCUCACUGGAGGACAUGGAUCCCGGCAUCACUGUUGCGUCGCUGGGACUGGACUCAUUGGUUGCCAUUGAGAUCCGGAACUGGAUUGCGCGUGAGGCGAAUGCAAAUGUCCAGGUCUUGGAGCUGCUUUCCAGUGGUUCGCUGAUGGCCCUGGCGGAGAUCAUUUUCAAUAAGUCGUCGACUUGA